AUGGUAAAUACAAGAAGAAAAAGCCAUGCCUUACAAAGUGAUGAAUCUGGAUCACAAGUUGCAGAACAGUCUGAUUCAUCAACUACAAGCACCACAAGAAGAAGCACGAGACGUUCAGUCGGAAAUGUACCAUCAACCCCUGCCGAAAUUCCAACGCCUACCCGGAGAUCCCGACGUCUGUCAAAUUCUUCGGUAGAAUCAGCCAACAACGAUACACCCAGGCCAGCUGCACGUCGUUCUACUAGGAAUAAACCUGCUGGAAGUGAUCAUGACGCAAGCGAUGUUGAAUUAGUUGUUAUAAAAAGGCGUAAGUUGGUGGAAGGUGUAGACACACUGAUACCGAUCAGUGAAGAGAAGACAGAUGAGCAUGCCAAUCCUGCAAAAGGAAAGGGAAACCAUAUUUUGGUUGAACUUGAUGAGGAGAAAGAAGAUGAAAUCAGCCAGAAACCAGAAAUUAUUGAUGUCCAGGGUAAUGAAAUUCAACCAAAAUUGUCACCAGCAAAGUCAGUUGAAACACAAAAUGUAAAAUCUCUCCCGAAAGUUUAAACUGCUAGAUCACCAGUUAAAACUGACAUCCUUAAAUCUCCAGUUAAAAUAGGAAAAAGUGAAUGCACUGUAAAAACAGAAGAUGUUGGUAAUCUUGAAAGCCAAGUAGUGAAUGAAAAAGUGACUCGAGAUGUUCAAAGCACUGAGAAAAGAGAUGAAGAUGUUCAAAGAGCUGAGAAAAGAGAUGAAGAUGUUCAAAGAGCUGAGGAUGUUGACAGCACUGAGAAAAGAGUUGAAGAUGUUGACAGCACUGAGAAAAGAAUUGAAGAUCUUGAAAGCAUUAAGGAAGUGAUUGAAGCAAAGGAAGUUGAUCCAAUCAUGGAGAAAAUGGAUGAAAUUGAUAAAAGCAUAGGAAAGUGUGAAAUCACUGUCCCUAAAAUCAUUGUUGAUGUUUCUAAAGAAAACUUGCAUUCCAAUGAGGAACACAACCAAGAAAAUUUCUUCACUCCAGUAUCAACUCCAACCAAUUUAGAAGAUACAGCAGAUGCAAUGAAACAAGCUGAAAAAAUUGAUUGUAUAUCAAAUGACAACCAGCAAGCAGUAAAACAAACUGAUGAAACAGAGGUUGCAACAGCAGAAAAUCACAUGGAGCAGGGACAAGAAGAAAACAAAUCUAUAAAACCAAGCCCACUUGAGGAGACAAAUGUAAUUCAAACAGAUGAUUCACCUGUAAAGUCUGAUGUUGAGAAACCUCGCACCUUAUUUGGAGUACCGAUAAGCAAUAUCACAGUUAAUAAAACACUAAUGCUGAAAAAAUCUGGAAAAAGAAACCCAAUUGAACGAAAAAUUCGACCAACAAAAAAGAAGGUUGAACCUACUAAAGAGAGUCUUCCAUGUGGUGCUGACAUAAUGCGCAACAUACCAAGAGGAAAAUCUAAAUCUGGUCGGGAAUGGAAAGAACCAAAAUCCAAUCCUCGGUAUUUGUACCAAGACAAAGGCUUGAAAAUGCCUUUUGAAAAAAUCACUCAGUUGAGACAAGAGCGUCAACGGGUGAAAGAAUUAGAAAAUCGUAUGAAGGAAGAAGAACGAGCUCGUCGAGCUGAAAUCACCCGCCGUCGCGAGAUUAAUAAGAAGCGCGAAGAAGAAAAUGCGCGUCGCGGAGAAGUUGUGCAAGUGAUUCGGAAUACAAACAAAAUCAAGAGGAUGAAGAAAAAGCAACUGAAGUUGAUCCAGAAGCGUGAUACAACUAAAGUGGUGUAGACAUUUGUUAGUUGCACUAAGUUAUCUACUUCUUGACCACGAAUAAAAAAGACUACCAUCGUU